CUAACGAGAAUUUUUAUCGUCUUAUCUUGAAACCGAAUUUCUACCCCCACCCAGCUUUAAACAGUAAACACAUUCUUCAUCUUAUAAUUUUAAAAGAUAUAUAUAAUAUAAUUCUGCUUUCAUACUUUGAUCCAAAUAUUUAUUCUCUGCAAGACUUCUGUCAUUUGCCAACAAAGACCAGCGAGCCUUCUUUCACUACUGUAACCACCACUCUCCGCCGGCAACAACCUCCAAAUUUCAUCGUUAAACAAAAGCGAUGGAAGAUCCUGGUAUCAAAUUGUUCGGAAAGAAGAUUGUGCUGCCUGAAUUCAAUAACAGUAUUAAUCUUCCAGUCAUCUUCACCGGUGGUGGUGAUAAUAAAGACGGCAGUUCCGAUCACAAAUGUUUCCAAGGUGAGAGAGUAACCAGAGAAGCUCCGGAGAAGGAUCAACAUAAAGUAAGAUCAUCUCCUAACGCAAUGGCGGAAUCCUCCAACCCUAAAACGCCGUCCAUUGAUGAAGAAGCUAGAACAGCAAAAUCCGAUGCAACAAAUUCGCAAACUAAAACCUUGAAAAAGCCCGACAAAAUUCUUCCGUGCCCUCGUUGUACAAGCAUGGAUACAAAGUUUUGUUACUAUAACAACUACAAUGUUAAUCAGCCGCGACACUUCUGCAAGAGCUGCCAAAGGUACUGGACUGCCGGAGGCACCAUGAGAAGCAUGCCGGUCGGAGCAGGUCGCCGGAAAAACAAGAAUUCGACCUCUCAUUGCCGUUAUUUCACCAUCUCCCAAGAAGCUUUCCAAGCAGCAGCACCACCACCUCAAGCCGAAGUUGCCGCUACUUCCGAUAGAACUGUCAUAGCUUCUGAUUCAGUAACCGAAAAUGGAUUCAAUUCCAAAGUUUCAUGUACUCCUAAUCCUAUGGUUUCUUGGCCCUACAGUCCCUGGAAUCCGACGAUCCCAAUUCCAGCCAUUUGCCCUCCAAUUCCAAUCCACCCUUCAACUUACUGGAACUCUAUUCCGUUCUUGCCACCAUUAACACCUGCAAGAACCCUAACCUCACACCCCUGUGAGCCAAUCUUGGGAAAACAUUCGAGAGACGACGUGUUGAUUAUUCAUAACGAUUCAGAAGAUGACUUGAAGAAACCAAAGAACUUAGUUCUGAUUCCGAAGACUCUUAGAAUCGAUGAUCCAGAUGAAGCUGCAAAGAGUUCCAUAUGGGCUACGCUUGGAAUUAAAAAUGAAAAUUUUAAAGCUUUUCAAGAAAAGGGCGAAGAAAAGAAGAAGCAUUUAGUUAAUAGGACGUCGUCUUCCUUUUUACAGGCUAAUCCUGCUGCUUUCUCUAGGUCGCUCUGUUUUCAAGAAACUGUGUAAACUGUAAAAAAAAAUACUAAAAUGUAAUUCUGUUUACUCUUUCGCAAGAAAGCCAAAAAGGGUGCUUUUUUUUGUAAAAACAUUUUAUAGUUUAGACUUUAGAUGUUCCAAUUUUAGAUUUUCUUGAUUUACUGCUAUUUUUAGCAUGCAUUUUCUU